AUGGCCCACCGGAGGAAAAGGAGGGCAGCGAGGCCUGGGGCGAGGAGUCUGCAGGGAGGGCACGUGGCACCUCUUGGGCGCAGUCCGCGCCACUCUCUCCCGCCUCCUGCAGCCUCCUAUGCCUCUUCCUGGUUCCACGUCGGGGCCAAGAAGGAGGUCAUUUGUAUGGACAAUUACAAUCCGACGGACCUUGAGAAGGAAAGUCUCCUCCUGGUGGUCACUAGCACUUUUGGAAACGGGGAUUCACCAAGCAACGGAAAAAUAUUUCAGAACGCCCUCCUGUCUACAAAACAGCUACGCAACAAAUUCAGAUAUGCCGUCUUUGGCUUGGGUUCAAGCAUGUACCCUGAGUUUUGUGCCUUUGCUCGGUCCAUUUACCAGAAGCUCAUGCAGCUUGGGGCAUCGCCAGUCACCGCGAUGGGUCAAGGAGAUGAACUCAAUGGACAAGAGGAAGCAUUUCAAGCCUGGGCAGUGGCUACCUUCAAGGCUUCCUGUGAAAGUUUUGAUAUCCGUGGAAAGCAUGGGAUCCUGUUGCCAAAAGCUUAUACAUGUAAUGAAACCUGGAACCCAAAGGAUUCAAGGAUUGUUUAUGACUCCCAGCCCCUGGAUUUGGGCAAAGCACUCCAUGACAUCCAUGGGAAAAACGUUGUCCUGAUGAAGCUCACAUCUCGGCAGAAUCUGCAAACCUCCAAGUCCAGCCGCGCUACCAUCCUCAUCAAGCUUUCCUGCGAAGCCAGCCAGGAAGCCAAGUAUCUCCCCGGAGAUCAUAUUGGGGUCUUCCCGGCCAACCCGAAAGCUCUUGUUGACGGCAUCAUCUCCCGGAUUGUAGAUGCUCCUAUGACCAAUGAGAUCAUUAAGCUGGAGACAUGUAGUGACUGUAUUUGA